AUGAGCAAGUUCAUUUCAGUUAAGUUAAUCACCCACUGGAUUUACACCUAGAGGUCUUAAAAUAGUUUAACACGUUGCCCUUGUGGUGACUCCAAGCCAAAUGAUUCCAUGAUUAAGUGUAUUGAUCCACAACGCAACAUAUGGCAACAUGUUUGCUGUGUUAUCAUACCUGAUACUGAGAAGUAUGUGGACAACAUUUCUCUUGAAUUACCUUCCUGCUUUUAUUGUCAACUGUGCCGACUUAGCAGGGCUGAUCCUUUUUGGGUCGCCGUGAACCAUCUGUUACUCCGUGUCUUAAUAGGACCCUCUACCGUAGCAACAGACGGGUCAUAUACUGUACAAUAUACUGUAAAAAGCUUUCAGCUUUCAAGAGCUAAUAGAGAAAUGCUACAGCAAGCUGAAUGCGAUAUUCAGGUUUGGUGUAUCCUUCUCAGUGACAAAGUACCUUUUAGGAUGCACUGGCCUUUACACUCUGACAUGCAAGUUAAUGGUAUUUAUGUUAGGGUGGUUAAUAGGCAACCCCAACAAAAGUUAGGGGCCAAUGGUAGAGACGAUGGUCCACUAAUUAGGAAGAAGAAAGGAGCAAAGAUUGGAAGGAUAGAGCUUAUGACUGCUUCAAGGAUCCAGAUUGCUGGUAGGUUCAAGCCCUGUGCUCACAUGGGUUGUUUUGAUUUAGAAGUUAUUGAAAUAAACCAACGUUCCCGGAAGUGGCAAUGUCCAAUUUGCCUGAAGAAUUACUCUCUAGAGAACAUAAUAAUUGAUCCUUACUUCAAUCGCAUCACUUCUUUGAUCAAAAGCUGCGGAGAUGAUACGUCUGAAAUUGAUGUCAAGCCUGAUGGUUCCUGGAGAGUUAAGGGCAGAGCUGAACUGAAGAACCUUAUACAGUGGCAUCAACCAGAUGAGGUGGGAUGUCUUAAGUUGGGACUUAGGGAAAAAAACAGUGGCCAGUGGGAAAUUAGCAAGAUAGGGGAUGCUGAUCUGGUGCCGUCUUCUGGUAAUGACCAUUCAAGAUACAAUGAAAACAAAAACUGCAUCACUCUCUCAAGCAACAUUGGUGAUACAAACAUUGCAAAUGAAGGUUUUAAUUUAGAGCCAGCAACAAAUGGUGAUCCUAUGGCCCAUGCCCAUGAUCUUGAUUCUUCAUCCUCAGAUGAAAAUGGUCCUCCAGCAUCAACACGGCAGGAUAUAAUAGUUUUGAGUGACUCAGAUGAUGAUGAUGUCAUGGUGUUGUCUCCUGGUGCUGUGAACUGUGGCUCGACGCAUGACACUGGAAAUCUGUUUCCACUCAACACACCUGAAAAUUUAGGAGAAUGUAGCGAACAAACUGGUGGAUGCCCAAAACAAAGCUCAUUUGUUGCAUUAAGAGAAGGUUUUGGUGACCUGGGGUUGUCCUUUUGGGAAUGUCCUGGGAGUCCCCGAGAUGAUCCUACUUCCCAGAUACUUGAGACCAGUACAAAGACGACAGAUAAUUCAGGUGAACUGGAAAACUACCCUGGCAAUGAUCAAUCUAAGCAAGGGCCGGUUUCUGGGGCUGAUUUGGGGGUAGCAGCAAACCCUGUAGAAGAUGGGAAUGAUAGCGCAUUGCAACCUUGUUCAUUAAGUGAAAGAGAUAGCACCAUGGGUCUUGCUAACCUGAGAGCGGACAUUCAAACAUGUGUUGAUGCCCAUUCUGACAAAUGGACAGAUGUCAGCAUUAGUGGCUCUGAUGAAGAUUUAACUACUGCCAAAAUUGCAUCUAGGAAAAGGAGCGAUCCUGGAGACAGAAUAACAGCUUUAGAUGAUAUGCUGUUCGUUUCUCAUAUUCAUGAGAUGGGCCAUUGGCGCUACAAAAAUGGGAAUGACAUCCGCCCCAUCCAUGAUCCACUAGUGCUGCGCGGCAUGACCCCUCCUCCACGACUAGUGCUGAUCUGUGUGACUCGGACGCUCGAAGUACCUGAAGAGUAUUCAUAUCCACCAGGUUUUAAUCCUAGACAAAAUGCACGUCUCCGUAGACUAAACAAAUAUCUUCUUGAUGUCUAUGGAGAUAUUGGCGGUAUAAUGAAUGACCCCUCUUACUAUACAAGGGCCUAUAAUACUAAUGUUGACAUUUGUGAUGUGUUCCAACGCCGACAAAUGAAUGACGCCGUGAAUGGUUCUGCGCCGUCGUUUGUGAAGAAGGUUCAAAUGGCCAUAGACCUCUUAUCUAAAAUUGAAGCAGUUGAAGGUCAAGCUCAUAUCUAA